UUGAAUUAGAUAUCAUCUAUUCUCACAAAAAAAGGAAAAAAAAUGGUAGCUCAGAGUGUGACUAAUAAACAGAUCGCGCGUUAUUGGAAUCAGCGACGGAGGUUGGAGGAAGAUCAUCUCUUCGCCGCCGUCAAGGCCGCCGCUCGCCUCCGCGCUCAGAAUCUCUCCGAGGAUGAUUACCUGAGAUUCAAGGAGUCCUUAGCGGUGGUGGAGGAGGAGAAGAGUAAAUCUGCGGUAGCGAAAGACUGGUGGACUAAGAGCAAAUAUGCGUAUCUAAACCAGCCAGCGGCGGAUCAUCCAAGGAGAAGAACCGAUCACUUUCAUCUUCUUCCUCCUCAAUAUUCAUUCACUUUCAAAUCUGCUUCUCUUCUCAAAUCCAUCUCGCCGGCGACCUAGCUACCUACCUACUCCAUCACCUCACCUCCGAUCGCCAUAUGUCCUCUAAAUUAAAUGCAUCUUGUUAUACAAAUUCAUAUGUAUAUAAGUUGUUUUUCUUGUAUAUGCAAAUCAUGAAUCGAUUUUUCUUCAAUUA